UUUUUUUUACCCCAUUAACUGAACAAAUGUCUAGUUUAAUGCAAAUGGCUGAAGUUCACGAAGAAAAAAAUGGCGCUGGCGCCUUGGAAAUGCAAAGUGUUAAAAAAGAUGAAAAGCAACAGCAGCCCGAACCCAAGCACUUGGCCCUUUUAGCCGAAGAUAUUAACAAUGUGAAGGAGACUGAGGUACUAACACCUGUGGAUAAGACAAAGUUUCUGAUGCCUCAGCCGCCACCACCGCCGCCGCCGACACCUGUGCAAACUCCCGCCAAUAGGGCAGCAACUCUAUCACCCCUCCAAAUGCCGUUAGAAAGUGCCGAAGAUGAUGAGACAAAUUCUGAGAAAUGGGAAGAUCCGUGUGCCCCCCCGCCGCCGCCUCCAUUGCCAACAAACGCUUUGAUAUCAUCAAGCAUGGGUUACAUUAAAUUGACCGCUAUCAAGCUGAAGGAUGCCCUAGAGGAGGCAAUUAGUAAACGAGAGACCAACAAGCAACAAAAUGCGAAUACAAAAGAGUUGAAGAAGAUUAAAGGUGAUACAAUGGAAAUGUUUGUCAUGUCUACCGCAAGCAUCACCAAUUUGUCCUGCUGUAAGGAUUUGAUUUUGCAUCCUGCAUUCAAUAAGCCUUUGUCCAUUUUACAAUUGGAUAGACUACGUAAAAUAUCCCAUCUGAUGGCAAAACAAAGUGCAAUUGGUAAACAAAUUCUCUCCAAAGAGGCCAUACCAUUGCCAUCGUCAUCAUUAUCAGCAGCAGAUGGUGUUGGUGAUGAUGGUUUGACUUUGCAAGUCCUUUCGGCAAGAGCAUCGACACCAUAUACUCAACCCACAUCAAGUAUAUUGUCCUGUACUGGUGUCAGUUGUGAUUUAGAUCACGAGUCACCCAGAAAAAAACCAACUGCAGCAGAAGCAACAGGAACAACCACAAUGUUGGCACCACAAGAACAACGGCCAAAACGCUUAGCAGCUUCUGCGACUAAUCCAAAGGCAACAGCACUUGCAGCAGCAGCAGCUGGUACACAAGGAAUACGCAGGUCUAAGAGUGGAACACGCAAAACGGCAACCUCCACAAUAACAACGCAUUACGCUCGAUCCGAUCUAAUUGAUAUACGUAAUGGCAUGUUCAAUGCCUUGAUGCAUCGCUCCAAGGAGAGUUUCGUCAUGCCACGCAUCGCCACCUGCGAUGACAUUGAACUGGAGGCACGUUUGCGACGCAUGAAUCUUUGGCGUGUCUCGGAUGGGCAACGUUUCAAGGCCCGAACAAUUUCCAACAGUAAUACUAACUAUAAUAAUAAUGAAUGUAUGCCUGCAUUCUAUAAAAAUAAGAAUAAACCUCAACUGAUCAGCGAUGAGUCCAUUAUACAAAGUCAACCGCCACAACCGCAAACCGAAUUUCAGGAUCCUGCUAUUGUUAAUCAAAGACGCAUUGGCAGUGGUCGUUUUAGUCAUACUAAAUGGUCAUACAAUAAUUUGGAUCAUCAUACACAAUCGUAUAUAAAUCAUAAAUCACAAUUGGAUGAUGUAAAUGGAAAAUAUCAUAAUAAUAAUAAUAAUGCCAAUAAUGGUAAUAUGACCAUGAUGCAAUUCUAUGAUAAUGGAGAUAUUGGUAGCACGAAAUUAUCAUCAAAUGGACGACCCAAUACUCCAAUAAUGGGCAUGUCCAAUAACCAUCAUCAUAAUCAUCAUCAUCAUCAGCAGCAAAAUCAUCAUCAUCAUAAUCGCAUUGAGAAUGAAUCGUUAAAAUCGAAUGAAUCUAGUGAAGAUUUAAAUAAAGCCAAUGAGAAUUAUGUUAAACGUGUUAUGUCUGGAUUUUUAGUUGUAUCCAAACCAAAGUCACGUGAACUGGAAGAAAAGCACAACCAUCGACGUUAUAGAAAUCAGCAAAACGAAGAACCGGAAUGGUUUAGUUGUGGUCCAACCUCACGACUAGAUACCAUUGAGCUAUGUGGCUUCAGUGAAGAUGAGCAGGAAGAGAAACACAAGGAGGCUCAUUCUAAAUCCAAUGAUUUGGAUAGAGAUGUGCAGAAACACAAGUUGGAUCAGAGUAAAUACAAAUGGACUCAUCCGGAUACCAUUACACGCAAUAAAUUUAUACCCAAACAUGAUAGCAACAAUAACAAUAAUUUGGAUAAUAUGAAUAACAAACCGAUGGCUAAUGAUAAUAUGAUGUCAAUGACUAAAGAUAAUCGUGCUCCUCGAUCAUAUCAAAAUCAAAUCAGUCACGAUAGUCAAAACUAUCAGCCACAACCACAUAAGCAAUCCUCCUCGAACAUCUCAAAUAACUCGAAAUUUAUGUCAUUCUUUGCCCCCAGCGAGAGGAGUGCCUCGUCUUCCUCAUUGAAUGAGUUCUUUAAGCAGGCAAUGAAUCACAAUCCUAUACAUCAGACAACAACAACAGAGCUACCCAAGAGUUUGGGGCAUAUGCCAUCGGUGGAUCAAUUGGAGGCCAAAUGGCGUCGUAAUUCUCUUACCCUGCCCCCAUCACAGUCAACUAACAAUGUCAAUGGUUCUGAUCAUAGUAAACAAACAGAUAAUUUCCAAAAAUUAAUUGGUGCUCUGAAUGUGGUCAAACCUCAAGUGCAACAGCAACAACAACAACAGAAUUCUGUUCCUUCGGAUGCCAUAUCGAAUUUUAUAAUGCAACAGCAGCAAUAUCAGCAACAACAACAAAAGCAACAUAUACUCAUACAACAACAGCAACAGCAGACUGCAUUUUUGGCUGGACUUCAAUUGAAGGCCAUUUUGGGACGUGCUGAUACUCAAUUACUUUUGUUACGUUUAACCAAAGGUGAAAUCUCUAAGCACGGUCUUUUAGUCCAAUUGGCCAAUCCUCGUCUUUCUAAUAUGGAUCGUGAGGCAAUUACAGCUGUACUUCAGUUUACUAAUACCCAGCAACAGCAGCAGCAACAUCAACAGCAACUCGAGAUGCUCUCCAGUACUGUGAUUGCCAGUCAAUUGCAAAAUCUUCAUAAUUUGGCUAUAGUGCAGCAAACUUUGGCUGUCAGGCAGCAACAACAACAGCAGCAAUUGACUCAACAACAGCCGCAGCUAUCCCAGGAAGAUUUGCAGGCCCAUGCCAAUAUUAUAAUGCGUAAUGCAGUAAUGAAACGUAAAAUGGAGGAACAAAGUUCAAAAAUAACUCAUGGCGGUUCAGCAACAGUAAAGCAACAGCAUCAACAAUCACGAGGUUCCUUUUCAACUGCCAACAAUAAUUUGCAUGGACAACAACAACAGCAGCAGCGUAAUUCACGUCAAGAGACAUCAUCGAAUGCCUUACUCAAUGCCUUAAUCUAUGGCAAUAAUAACUAUCAACAGCAGCAACAACAACAGCAACAAUCAUCGCAUUCCAAUUCACGUCGUUUUGUGGAGAAUUCAAAUUCUCAAGGAUCUGCGGCUGCUGAUAUGACGCGACAGUCGCAUUUUCCGGCAACAGCAUCUUACCAACAGGCAACACAAAAUCAACAUCACCAGCAACAACAGCAUCAAUCGCAUACACGCCACAACAACAACAAGCAGAUUCAAUCUACUCAUCAAACUAUGGCCAUGUUGCCAAGUGGAGGAGAUGAGUUUCAUUAAUGGGAUUAAAAGGUUUGCCUCAACAACCGUUGGCAUGAUGGCUAUUGGCAUCGGCUCAACUAUUCUUGUUUUCGGCACUCAUCGUCUUAUAGUUAGUCCAUAUUUAAGUAAAAAACGUCGCCUUGAAGCUGAGGCCUGGGCCGAAUAUAUAUUUCAACAGGAAUUGCAACAACAACAAAGCAAACAUAACACCAACAACAACCAUUGACGGUCAAUCUCCCACAUCUUCCACUGAAAUUGAGGUCUUAACACCUUCUAACAAUAUGUAAUCUUCUAUGGCAUAGUUUUGUCCAGAAGAAUGGAUAUUAUACACUUGAUUCCCCCUUUUACAAUUACCCCAUCCCCUCCACCCCCGUCACUCUAAAAGAAAUAUAAUUUUGUUAUAAUUAAGUUAAAUAAUCACAUGAAAGUUUAUUGAAAGAAAUGUAACUGAAUUGAAAACACGAACACAAACGAAAUGAAAAUAUUACAAAUAUAUAUAUAUAUAAAAUAAUAAUAGCUAAAUAAAAAAAAACACAGUUUAUACAUUGAAAUUUAAUUAAAAUACAAAUACAAUUACUUAAAAUGAUUAUAGAGCCCAAA